ACAUCUGAUGUUGAAUGGCAUGAAGAUGCUUCUAUGAUGAGCAUCAUGCGUUACAUUGUUUUGUGUUUGUUGAUGGAAGUUCAAUAACUUUGGGCCUAUACCAGGAUUCUGUUUAAGGCGCAGAAGAUGAAGAUGCAUGCUCCUUUGAAAUCCAAAGGAAUGGCCAGUAGGGUUAACAAUCAGCAUGUUAUUUUCGAGCUAAAACAACGUGUUGUCCUUGCCUUAAAUAAGAUUGCUGACAGGGAUACAUAUGAAAUCGGGGUGGAGGAACUUGGAAAAACAAUUGAGAGUUUAACUCCAGAUGGGGUUUCUCCAUUUUUGUCAUGCAUUUUAGAUACUGAUUCGGAGCAGAAGAUAGCUGUUCGAAAGGAGUGUAUCAGAUUGAUGGGUAUGCUUGCAACCUUCCACCAGGAUCUCAUUGGCCCAUACCUUGGCAAGAUGGUUGCUAGUAUCGUUAAACGACUCAAGGAUCCAGAUUCUGUUGUAAGAGAAGCGUGUAUUGAAACGAUGGGUGUUUUGGCUUCUAAAGCGAGCACUGCUGACAAUGAGCCUGAGGGAAGCUUCGUUCUACUAGUUAGACCUCUUUUUGAAGCACUAGGCGAGCAAAAUAAACAUGUUCAAUGUGGUUCAGCGUUGUGUUUAUCUCGUGUAAUUGAUCAUACACAUGCCCCUCCGUUGUCUAUUCUACAACGUAUGUUGACAAGGACGAUAAAGAUGCUGAAGAAUCCACAUUUCAUGGCAAAACCGGCCAUGAUCGAGUUAAACAGAAGUUUUAUACAGGCCGGGGGUGCUUCGACACAAAGUAUGCUAACUGCUGCAAUUACUGGCAUCCAAGAAGCUCUUAAGAACAGUGACUGGAGAACACGAAAAGCUGCAUCAGAAGCAUUAGCAGAAAUUGCUUCAAGCAAUGGAUUGUAUUCUGGUUCUCUCAAGUCGUCUUGUAUUCGUUCCCUUGAAAUGUGUAGAUUUGAUAAGGUCAAACCAGUUAGGGACACAGUACUUCAUGCCUUACAGCUCUGGAGAAGUCUUGUAGGAACUGAAGCAUCUGAACUUUCAGAAGCUGGAUCUUCUAUUAAAGGUGAUUUCAGUGACAUACCAAAUACUACUGAAUCUACAUUGAAGACAAAAAUUCACCAUGAAUCAGUUAGAAAAAGGGUUCCUCCUUCAGUUAGGAAAACUGGUCGUAGUUAUGUGGAGAGUCCUCAGCAUUCCAAAGCAAAUGAUUGGCAUAUAGAAGUCAGUGUUCCAAAAACAUGUAAUAUCUACACUCAUGAUGAAGAAUCUGAGGGAAGUUCUGUUACAAAGACAUUUGAAAGGACGAGAUCUGAUAUCACAUCAACUCAAGAUAUUGGAUAUGAAUAUGUACCCAUGGAUGACAAACAAGAAUUCUCUUCUGCAUCCAACAUUGACACCGGUAAGUUUGGAACUAAUUUGCCACCAGUCACGGGAGAUUCGCAUGCCAAGAGUGAAUUGGUGAAAUCGAAGGGAGUAAAUCAACACCAAGCAGAAGAAGAAAUUAGCACUGAAGAACAGAGGUACUUUUCAAAGAGUCAGGACCGUAGAAGUCUUGAUUCGACUAUCACAGAAUCAAGUUCCGAAACCAUGCAUGGGCAGCGUGCCUGUUGCAUGCAAACAGCAAAAGAAAUGGCUUUCAUUCGAGAGAAGCUUUUAGAAAUAGAAACCAAACAGUCAAGUCUCUUGGAUCUGUUGCAGGUUUUUGCUACGAGGACAAUGGAUAGCUUAUCCAUGAUACAAUUGAAGGUGUUAACUUUAGAAGAUGUGGUGGAUCAAAUAUCUGAAGAUAUGAGCCAUGGAGGAAGACGUUCUGAAUCAACUGCCAAAUUUUUGAAGAAGAGUUCGACUACUGCUUCUCCUAGACUCUCAACAUGCACUCCAAGGUCGUCUGUAGAUAUACGUAGUAGGCAAUCUCCAUUGCAGCCUAUGAGAAAAUCUGAUACAUGGGAAGACUCCACGUCUUCAAGGAGCAAAGCUGGCAGUGGAGUAGUAGAUUCAUGGAUGGAUCCCAUGGUAAAAGUUAGUAGAAAUCCUGCAGGAAAGGACAUGCAGAAAAACAGCUCUGGGUUGGGAAACCAUAGAGGUUUGAAUAGAAAUGGUGGUGCUGGAUUCGCUCCCACUUCUUUUUCUAGUUCUAGACAUAACAAUUCAGAAGUGGAGUCCAAACUUAUAAAAGGCUAUCUAUCAAAAGGAGACCUAGACUCUGCAUAUGUUGAAGCUCUGAAUUCUGGUGAUGAACUGGUUUUAGUUGACCUUCUUGAUAAAACAGGGCCUGUUUUGGAAAGCUUAUCAAAUAGAACUGCAAAUGAUAUUCUUACCACUUUGGCUUCAUUCUUGACCGAACAACAAUUCAUGACUUCUACAAUCCCUUGGCUGCAGCAGGCGGUGGAGUUGAGUAGCGGCCAUGGACCAAACCAAUUUGUACUCACUGCAAAAGCAAGAAGACAGCUGUUGGGUGCAAUUCAGGAAGCUGUAAACAUGGAGUUUCCAAAUGCUAUGGAGAGGAGAUCUGUUGCACAGUUAGUAUCAAGACUGCAUCAAGUUUGGGGUAAGCAAAGCACACAUGCAACUUACAUACUUCAGUAUAGAUUACUAUUCUUGAUUGGCACCAACAUAAAGAUAUAA